AUGGGCAAGAUUGUAACGUUGUCGUCCAGCCCGAGACCAUUGACGUGCGUGUGCGACGUGAUGCGAUGCGCUCCUUGUGGGCGAGUGGGUAAGUUCAGGCUGGAUAAUGCCGUCAAAGACGUCUUGCGCGUGUAUCGAGGCAACAUCCGUCUGCCUGCCAGGAUGACAGACGUGAUCCUGACCGUGUCGACACCGAUACAAAUAAGUUCAUCUUGCAGUAUUUGCGACACUUACCAUGUUGAGGAUAACUCAAGCGUGGCUGCUGCUGUAUUGAAGCAGGCGCUGCAGACUUUUGUAGGUGUAGACUGGUCGCUCGAUCAGUAA